ACCUCCCACUCCCACUGCAUCUGUCCCCUGCCAGCUGCCCCUCUCCAACCACUGCAAUGGCUUCCUUUAUGCGCCCCGGCCUCCUCAGGCAAGCUUACACCAAGCCCCAAGCAGCGCACCGCAUGCUGUCGACGGCCAGCUCCACCACCAGCCGCCCUCUCGCCCAGCAGCUUCGCCCAGCUUUCCAGCGCUCAGCCAUUCCCCAGUCCACGCGCGUCGCCGCCUUCCACGCCACUCAGCGCAACCAGAUCCUGCCCCCGCUGCCCCAGAAGAUUGUCGGAACCACCAACGACCCUGUGCCUGUACCCGAGCCAGACUAUGCCCAUGGCAGCUACCACUGGAGUUUCGAGAGGAUCGUCUCCGCCGGUCUGAUUCCCUUGACUAUUGCGCCCUUUGCUGCUGGAUCGCUAAACCCACUUACUGACUCGAUUCUCUGCGCUCUCUUGGUCAUUCACUCGCACAUUGGCUUUGAGGCAUCCAUCAUCGACUACUUCCCUAAGAAGCGAGUACCCCUCAUUCGUAACCUCUCCAUGUGGGCACUCCGCAUUGGAACCGUCACCCUUGGUAUCGCCCUUUACUCCUUCGAGACUAAUGAUGUUGGUAUCACCGAGGCUGUGGCCAGGCUUUGGCACGCGUAGAGUAGAUGGGGAACUACAUGCAUGUGAAAAAGAAAGUGGGGUAGGGAACUAUGUACAUCUAAACACGAACCAAGGCAGUGGUUUUUUCUUGGUCAGAAAUAUGAGCAUUCCAAUUUCGUA